AUGUCCUUGGAAGAAGACCAACGUAGACGCCCUCCCAGAGCAGUCAAUAUCAUUCGACCAUCGUCACCUCUCUUGCAAGCAUUCCAUCGUCCUGUUAUGCAAUUCCACCACCAGCCAUCAGCAUGUUCAAUGACCUCGGCUUCUACAUGGUCUUCCUCAUCGUCAUCAGCUUCAACAGAGUACUCGCCUUCAACAGCUGGUUUUAUCACUACACGACCCACUUCUCCUUCAUGGUAUCAUCGACCAGGCUCUCCUAGUGGAUGGUCCUUUGUGGGCAAGCCAUCGCCCCUGGGACCCCUAUCACGUAUGGCGGCCUUGGCGCAUCAGCAAGAAGCUGGGCUUUCUGGAUUAUCAAGCCCUGUGACUGAGGAUAGCGAUGGGACAUUAGACAGCGAUGAAGACGACUAUGAUCACGACAAUUUGGAUAUUGAUUUGGAUGACGAUUUGGAUGAUGACGAUGAUGAUUUGGAGGAGGAGGAGGAUGAUUUGGAUGACUUUUCCUCGUCAUCAGAAGAAGAUGUGAUUCCACGUCCUAUCAUUGCAAGGAUGAAACAAGGCUGUACGAUCAUGAAUGGUAAAGGCGAGCUUGUCGGAUUCUCAUCCAACCACAAUAACGAUCCCCAUGAUAAGUUUGGACGAAAGAUUGCCGACCUUGAAAUCGAAGUCAAAUCCCUAGCAAGUGUCAAUGCAACAUUGGAAGAGCAAACUCGUGAACAAGCUGCACGUAUUGCAGAGCUUGAGAAGAAGCUUCAGGAUAGGAAUGGAUGUGAGCUUCCACCAACUCCAGUGUCAAUGACAUUCUCAGAGCCUGAAGAUGAUCCAGAGACCGAACAGCUGUAUGAGCGGAUCAAAGCCAUGUUGCAAUCAUUAAUCGACGAUGCUCAACGUGCCGUUGCAACUCAAAGCAAAAGGAGUGGCCGCGUCUUAUACAAGGAUCCACGUCAGCUGAUGGAUUAUGAACGAUCAUCAUCAUCGAUACGUACACCACCACCACCUCCAGCUCCAGGACCCAGCUCACGUGGUCCUCGUCGACCAAGAAGUGGUAGCAGGAAUUAUUCAGUUGUAUCAUGUCCUGAAGCAACGCUUACCAGUAAUCCAAAUCGACGUUCAUGGCCUACCGUUACUGCUGGUGGUAGUCGUUUAUUACGUAUGGCAACACAACCUAGUGGUGCAAGUGGAAGACAACGAUCACAAUCCAUGGUACGAGCUACAUCCUCGCCGUAA